AUGUCCUGCCCACCACCUUCGCAAACAGUAAACUCCGACGCCGAUAGCAGCGACUACGACUCCGACUUCACCCCGGACGAAGAGGCGUUGCUGCACGACCUCCUCGACAAAGUCGCCCCUCCCGCGACUGCGACUUCAUCAUCCCCUGACGUCGCCACAGCUGCUACUGCUGCCACCACAAGUACUACUACUCCUUCUCUUCCUCUAUAUCCUCCGCCAAUUCCUCCGCGAUCGCCCUCGCAGCAGACUUUUACGAGUACCACUGCCGUCGUCGGAGAUAUCGAGGACUAUUAUGGGGAUCCGGCGUCUGGGCGCGUUCCUCGCGUCUUGGGACGUCAGAUGCCCCCGUGGCAGGUUGCGAAGACGAGGAACAUCAACAGACCUACAGGUACACCUACAGCUGCUCCUGUCUGGUCCGUGGCAGGGGGUAGGGCGAAUCCAAACCCAACUCAGAACCCACGCUACGGCAACGGGAACGCCGCGUUUGGUAAUAUUCCCUGA